AUGAUGUUGAUGCGCUCGGCUGUGCAGCGCGUCGCUUGCCGGGCAAGUGCCUCUUCUGUCGCCCAUUCACGUCGAGUCUUGACGCUAUCGAGUGGAAAAGGCGUGAGUCUGCGCCUCGCUCAGCACAGAGUCGCACUCGCACCAGCUGUUCAGCAAUGGAGCGCCUGCUUCAGCACAAGCGCGUCAGACGUGAACACGAAUCGUCACGAGUUUCAAGCCGAGACGCGUCAGCUUUUGGAUAUCGUGACGCACUCUAUUUACACGGACAAGGACGUGUUUAUUCGAGAACUUGUCUCCAAUGCCUCGGACGCUCUUGAGAAACUUCGUCACUUGCAGUCCACGGGCGCGGAUCUCCAGGAUGCGGAGCUCGAGCCAAAGAUUGUGAUUACGACGGACGAAGAGGCUGGCACGCUUACUAUUGCUGAUACAGGUGUGGGCAUGUCGGAGGAAGAGCUGAUUGAGAAUCUGGGCACGAUUGCACGCUCAGGGUCCAAAGCAUUUUUGGAGCAGUUGAAAGAAAGCUCUCCCGGUGAGUCGGGUGAUGCACUUAGCGGCAUCAUUGGUAAGUUUGGCGUCGGCUUCUACUCUGCGUUUAUGGUCGCCGAGAAGGUAGAGGUGUUUUCGCAAUCGGCAGUACCUGGUCGUCCAGGAACCUUGUGGCGGUCGGAUGGUAGUGGAUCGUACGAGAUUGCUGAAGCGAAUGACGUAACGCGUGGUAGUAAGAUCGUGGUGUACUUGAAGGAUUCCUGCAAAGACUUUGGCACGAAGUCAAAGGUGGAGUCCAUCAUUCGUCGCUACUCGAACUUUGUCUCUUUCCCGAUCAUCCUCGACGGGGACACGGUCAACACUGUCCAGGCUCUCUGGACCAAGAGCGAGAGCGAUGUCACUGACGAGGAGUACACUGAAUUUUACAAGUUUAUCGCCAAUGCGUUCGACGAGCCUGCUUACCGCCUCAUUUUCAAGGCAGACGCUCCCAUCGAGCUGAAGACUCUUUUCUUUAUUGGUUCUUCCCACACCGAGAAGUUUGGCUUUGCUCGUUUGGAGCCGGGUGUGAGUCUGUACUCACGAAAGGUUCUUAUCGAGCGCAACUCGCCUGACAUUCUACCGGACUGGAUGCGCUUCGUACGUGGUGUCGUCGACAGCGAGGACCUUCCGCUCAGCCUUUCGCGUGAGAAGAUGCAGGACAGCCGCUUGAUCCAUAAGAUUCGUGAUGUGCUGACACGACGGAUUGUUCGCUUUCUGGAGCGUGAGUCGACGAAGGAGCCGGACAAGUUUGAAAAGUUCUUCGCCGAGUUUGGUCAGUUUAUCAAAGAGGGCAUCUGUACCGACUUUGCGAACAAGGGUGCAUUGGCAAAGUUACUACGCUAUGAAUCGAGUCAGGUUGAUGGAGGCAAGUUGACAAGUCUCGAUGAGUACGUGUCACGCUGUCCUCCGGAUCAGAACGAGAUCUAUUACUUGUGCGCACCUACACGAGCAAUCGCUGAGUCGUCUCCAUACUUCGAGGCUUUCAAAAAGAUGAACAAAGAGGUGCUGUUCGUCUACAGUCCCAUGGACGACUUUGUGAUGACAAACGUCGCUGAGUUCAACGGCCGCAAGGUUAUCUCUGCAGAGCAUGCGAAGAUAAACGUCGAUAGCGACGGUGACAGUACCUCCGAAAAGAUGCUGUCAAAAGACGAGCAGCAACUGUUCGAAGCUUGGCUGAAGCUAACGUUGGAAGACAGUGUGAAGGAAGUCAAGUUCACUUCUCGUCUAACUGACUCGCCAGCUAUCAUCGUGGACCACGAGUCGGCUUCGAUUCGCAAGAUGAUGCAGAUGGUGAAUGACCGCGCGGGGCAGGAUGGAGGAGGGCUGUCGAAACAUGUGAUGGAGAUCAAUCCGAACCACGGCAUCAUCGUGAACUUGAACGCGCUGCGUGAAGUGAACGAUGCUCUUGCCAAGAAGGUGGCCCGCCAGAUCUACACGAACGCUACCGUGGCUGCCGGUCUUGUGGACGACGGCCGCAGCAUCCUUGGCGACCUGAACGAGAUCCUCGCCGAGCUUCUGGAGCAGAGCCUGCACAAGAAAAACGAGUGA